AUGCAUCCAUACUAUGUGUUAUUUGCAUUUAUUGUAAUAUUCUUAAAAUCAACUAUAGCAUUUUGGCCAUUUGAUGAUAAUAGUACCUCAGGGUUUAGUUUUCCAACCGCAACUGAAUCUGGAUCUAGUAGUUCAACAGGAGAAGGGUUUUUUGAAGGUUUAUUUGGAGGUAGUGAUUCCUCAGCAACCGAAAGCGGUUCAGCUUCUACAGAUGAUACGAAUUCCUAUGCACCAUUUAAUGUUUCAUGCCCAUCUCGUGAUUUAGCAAGACCAGCAAAUCAUACAAUAUCCGAUCAAGAAAAAGAAUAUCUUGAAAGUAGACAUGCUAUUACAAAUGAAAAUUUAAUAAAUUUUUUGAAAAAGGCUAACAUUUCAGAUUUUGAUCCAGAAAGUUUUAUAAAUGAUAACAAGGAUCAACAUAACAUUACAAUAGGAGUUACAGUUAGUGGCGGAGGGUAUAGAGCUAUGCUUUGCGCUGCAGGACAGAUCCUUGGUAUGGAUGGAAGAUUUUCAGAUGCUAAUGAUCAUGGUCUUGGUGGUUUAUUAGAUAGUGCAACUUAUGUUGUAGGUUUACUGGGUGGAAAUUGGAUGGUUGGUUCAUUAGCUAUGAAUAAUUGGUUACCUGUUGAAGCUAUUGUAAAUAGGUCUUCAAGUUUGUGGUAUUUAGAAGAUUCAAUUAUAAAUCCAAAUGGUCUUAGACUUGAUAGAACAAUUUCAUAUUAUUAUGGAUUAAGAGAAGCAGUUUUGGCGAAAUCAGAUGCAGGUUUUGAAACUUCAUUCACUGAUGUUUGGGGUAGAGCUUUAUCAUAUCAAUUUUUCACUGAUCCAAGUGGGGGUGAAAAUGUUACUUGGUCAAGUAUGAGAAAUUUAUCAAAUUUUCAAAAUCAUCAAAUGCCAUAUCCUAUAGUUGUUGCAAAUGGUAGAACACCAGGUACUUAUAUUAUUAAUGAAAAUUCAACAAUUUUCGAAAUUUCAGCAUAUGAAUUGGGUAGUUGGGAUCCAAGUUUAAAUUCAUUCACUGAUGUUCAAUAUUUAGGUUCAAUGGUUCAAGAUGGAAAUGCAAAUACUUCACAAUGUAUUAAUAAUUUUGAUAAUGCUGGUUUUAUAAUGGGUACUUCUUCUUCAUUAUUUAAUGCCAUUUUAUUAGAGCUUGGAGAUUAUGAUAUAAAUUCAAUAAUUAAAUCUAUCUUAACUGAUAUUUUACAAAAAGUUAGUGAAGAAGAAUACGAUAUAGCAGCUUAUGAACCAAAUCCAUUUUAUCAAUUCGAAGAAGCUGGAGUUAAAACAAUUAUUCAAAAUGAAACAUUAUAUUUAGUAGAUGGUGGUGAAGAUGCACAAAAUGUUCCAUUUUAUCCAUUAAUUCAAAAUUCAAGAGAUGUUGAUGUAAUAUUUGCAUUUGAUAAUUCUGCUGAUACUGAACAACAAUGGCCAAAUGGAACUUCCAUAAUGAUGACUUAUAAAAGACAAUUUUCGAUACAAGGUAAAGGCACACCAUUCCCAUUUGUUCCUGAUGUUGACAGAUUUUUAAGAGAAGAAAUGAAUGAGAAACCGGUAUUUUUUGGAUGUAAUGCUUCUGAUUUAGCUGAUAUAGUUGCAUGGCAUGAUAAUGAUAAUAUAAAUGUAACUGAUGUGCCAUUAGUUGUUCACAUUGCAAAUCAAAGAUUUUCAUAUAAUUCAAAUUUUUCAACUUUUAAAUUAAGUUACGAUGAUGAUGAGAAAUUUGGUGCCAUACAAAAUGGAUUUGAAAUUUCAACUAGGAACAAUCUAACUGAUGAUGAGAAUUGGUUGACUUGUGUUGGGUGUGCAAUUAUUCGAAGACAACAAGAAAGAUUUGGUCAAGAACAAAGUGAAGAAUGUAAGCAAUGCUUUGAUAAGUAUUGUUGGAAAGGUGGAGAAAAAGAUGCAGCUCCUGUUUCAAGUGUAAGUGGUCUUACAGGAUUAGCUACUUUAUCUUCAACAUCUACAUCAUCAGAAACCUCAUCUGGAUCAUCGACUACUAGAUCGGGAUCUAGUUCAGGAACAAGUUCAGCUGAAAAACAAAACAUUGGUAAUUAUAACACUCCUUCGUUAUCAUUCAUUCACUUCUUAUUAGGUUUGUUUUUAUUAUAA